GAGGGGGCACGCUGCUAAUUCCUGCUCUCGGUGUUGUGUGAUGGCCAGUGCUGUGUGGAGUGGAAUCCUCGCUCGCUCUCUCGGCUAAAGAGGCUUAUCCGAACGGGCGCUGAUGUGAACCAAUCUACCGGUGAAUAAAGUAGGCCGCCAGAGGUGCACCGUCUACCAGCCACACGCACUUUGGACCCGAGGAGGAACGCGCAAAUGUUUUCCUUUCUUUUUAAUGGAGUGAUAUGACUGGAACGCGGCGCACAUUGCAUUGGAAGUGACAGACGGAGGGAAUACGAACACAACCUCGUAACGUACUUGGAUACUGACUGGCAGUGCGUGAUUUUUUAACGGAAUGUGAGUUCUCAAAAGACUGAUUUUUAGAAGAAAGCAACCAGUUGGUCCAUGCGUUACUCAAUAUUAUUCCUAUAAUUGGCCUAUUGAAAGCAGCGCAUCAGCAUUCCGUAAUAUUGUGCCAGAUUUUGAACAAUGUAUUUGUAUUUCAACACAAUUCCACAACUGAGGCUUGGCUGGGUGAGUUUUGACAGUUAAUUAGUGGCUGUGCUUUUUUAAACGAACCAUAAUCUCUGGUCCAGAAUGGCUAAGAACCAGUCCGAUGGUCCGUGUGAGGACUUGAGUCAGCUGUCCGACGAUGACCUGCUCCGGUGCAGCAAAGAGGAGCUGGUCCGGAGGUUACGGAGGGUCGACGGAGAGAAAAUGAACUUGAUGAUUGAGCAUGGCAACAUGAUGAAAGACAUCAACAGGCGCUUGCAGGUGCACCUCCACGAGAUCCGGAGUUUAAAGGACAUCAACCAAAAACUCCAAGAUGACAACCACGAGCUGCGAGAACUUUGCUGCUUUUUGGACGACGAUCGACAAAAGGGCAAGAAGCUGUCUCGGGAGUGGCAAAGGUUCGGUAGGUUCACAGCCAGCGCCAUGUGGAAAGAAGUUGGAGCUUAUAUGAUGAAGUUAAAGGAGCUCGAGUCCAACCAGGAGAGCGUGUUAAGGGAAAACAACGAACUGAAAGAAAUUAUACUCAUGUUGGAUGAGGAGAGGAACGGUGCGGGUUCACGGAGCUCCAUAGACUCGCAGUCCAGCCUGAGCAACCUGAACGGGGGCAGCGGGACGGUGAGGGACGUCGGGGAUGGGAGUAGCACCUCCAGUACGGGCAGCGCGGGGAGUCCGGACCACCACAACCAUAAUCACAUACACAAACCCGGGGCGGAGGGCAGUAAGCUGGGGCCCAACAUGAGGCGAUCUAUGGACGAUCUGUCAGCGCCCCAUCAUCACAGGAGCAUCCCCAACGGGCUCAAUGAUCCUUCCUCCAACUACAUCAGACAGCUGGAGACCAAAGUCCGCAUCCUGGAAGAUGAUAACAACAAGCUUCUGUCUCAGGCCUAUAGCCGCUAUAGCUUAUCACAGAUGCCCAGCAGAAAGCACUGUAACCCGGGUGACCUGCGAGCUCUGAGGAAGGGCAUGGGUCAGUACCACUCUGAGACUCAGCUGUCCUCACUGCCCCAGAGACAAGACGCCCUGCACAAGGGCAGCGGGCGUCUCCCCACCAGUGAGUCGUCUCCUGCGUCGGGAUAUCUGUCCUGUGUGCAGAAACCUGAAGCUGUGGUCCACGCCAUGAAGGUGCUGGAGGUGCAUGAGAACUUGGACAAACAGGUUCCGGAAGAUUACGAGGACGACCUGAGUGAGAAGGAGAAGGCCAUCGUCAGGGAAAUGUGCAACGUGGUGUGGCGAAAGCUGGGCGACGCGGCCGGUUCCAAAAAGUCGGUGAGGCAGCAUCUCUCCGGAAACCAGUUCAAGGGGCCGCUGUAACUCGGCAACCGGGCCAACGGACAGGAAACGGGAAGCGCCGUCCCAGAGCGCCCCUUUCUACCUCCGCCUACACUACCCAUCAUGCCGUGCGACUUACUGCCAACAAGACCCAGCGCUGUUAUCGUCAGAGUGGUGCAAAUACAGCUACACAAUGGACUUUUCAUACAACUUUAUUUGUACAUUUUUGAAACAGUUUGUGAAGCGUUGACAACUGGCAGCUAGUUUCAUCACUUCGCCGUUUUAUCGCUUUUAUCGGUUCAGAUACACAAUAAUCUGCUACUAAACCUCUUUUAUUAUCUCCACGUUCAACUCUGAAGACUCUUUUAGCGAUUGUAAACAACAUACAUCAUCUAAUAACAUUUUUUUUAGAUUUAUUUGUGGACAACGAAUAUUAUAUGAUCAAAUUAUAUUAAAAUUAAAGGUAUACUGAUCAGUCCUGGAAGAACUACUGUUGUGUUAAGUAAAAGUACAGAUACUGGAGCAAAAAAACCCACUCAAGUUAAAGUAUCAUAUAAUUCUACUCAAGUAAAAGUAUUAAAUUAAGUAUAAGUAAGUAUAUUUAAGGUCCCAUAUUGCUCUAUUUUUUCAUCUUUUAUAAUGUUGUUUCCUCGUCACAAACAGACCUGGAGUUGCAGAUUUAGGCUGAGUUCUUCUCUCAAACUGAAAACACUCUGUUCCACCUUGUGAUGUCAUGUGGUGAUACAGAAAGUGCUCCACUGUGUUUUUAAACUUCACACACCUUCACUAAAAUCAUUUGGAUCAUUUUAGCCCUGGAAUUGUCAAUCUGUAAAAGUAAAAGGAGCUGCUAAUUUGAAAUAAACUGCUUCAUGACAUCACAAGGUGGAACAGAGCAUUUUGAGUUUUGGAGAUGUAGACAGACUCAUAAUAAAGAGUUACUCAAACAUGUGUGAAUGAAACAAAACACAACUCCAGCUCUGUUUUUGAGGAGGGAACACAAGAGUACAUGGUUUGUAAUUUGGACCUAAAAUUUGGAAACAGUGGCGUAAUGUUCUUAAAAAGGGUAGUAAACAUUAGCCAACAGUAGCUAGCAUUGCUACUGCUAACAUUUUGCACAUUUAGCGACUAAUGCUAACUCACGCACUUAAACCGAAGAAAUAUAAUCAAACGUGGAUGGCGUCGUGUUGUUUUCAGUGGUCUGUGCUCUUUGGCUCAUGGGCCCAAAAGUCAUUUUCUCUUCCCCAUUUACUUCCUCAAUACGGACAAGCUUCUCUCACCGGUGUGGCGUCUGUAACGUGCAUGGAGCGUGGAGAGUUUGGACCAUGGAUCUAUUAAAAUGACUGGAUAGGCUAUUGCUGUUGAAAAAAUCCCUCCGGCCGAGAAAGAAUUUUUCUCAUAGAGCGCA